AUGUUCCAACUGACGCCUCCAACACCGCUGUGUCCAUGCGGCUGGUACGCCGAUCCAGAACUCCGCAUCUUCGACAACAAAUAUUACCUCUAUCCCACUGUCUCUACCGCAUACGACUGCCAGAAGUACUUUGAGGCAUUCGUCUCCACAGACCUAGUGACCUGGAUAAAUGUCGGGCGCAUCCUUGACUUCAAAGAUGUACCAUGGAGCACCAACCGCGCAGCCUGGGCGCCCUCAGUCGGCUGCAAAGACGGCAUCUACUACCUCUACUUCUCAGCCGGGGAUGGUGUGGGCAUUGGUGUGGCGUCUUCAAGAUCGCCUGAGGGUCCGUUUGUUGAUGUCCUCGGGAAGCCCUUAAUAGGAGGAGAGAUGUUUGGAGCGGAGCCAAUCGAUGCAAUGGAGGGCAUUAGAGAGAUUCCGCUCGAGCAGGAAUACGUGGAAGGUCCGUGGAUGAUGAAGAGGCGGGGGAUGUAUUAUUUCAUGUAUAGUGUCGGUGGAUGGGGUGACUCGUCCUACGCUGUCAAAUAUGUCAAAGCAGACAAUCCACUUGGUCCCUUCGACGGCCCAGCCAAGAUGAUCCUCAGUAGUGAAUUAGCUAUCGGCACAAGCACUGGGCACAACAGCGCCUUCAACAUUGGGGAUGAUUACUACAUCGUCUACCAUCGACGGCCCAUAGAUGAUUAUGAGCGCGAUCACCGCGUUAGUGUGCAUUGA